AUAUCAUCACAUAUCAACCUUAUAAAUCAAACCCCCAAAACAUUCAUACAUCAAUAGGUCCGAGAGAGCUGGGCUAUAGCUCUAUCUAAAGCUUCAAUAUAAUAAAAAAAAAGAAGAAGGGAUAAUUUAACCUUCUCUCUCUACUACGAUAUAAUAAAGCAGCUUUCUUUGGCCUCACAGGGAGGAGAGAUAGAGAGAGGGAGAGAGAGAACGCUUUUUGUGACCAAGAAAAGGAGAAAAAUACAUUCAUUUUUGGCUCCCUUUAAUGUGUCGAAGAGCUGCUCAUUAUUAUUAAUUACAUAUAACACAUAUAUAUAUUACAUAUAAAAAUAUAAAAAACAAAAAUUAAAUAUUAUGGCGUACAACAAUGGAGAUGAUGGUGGUAAGAGAAAGAGGUAUGCAGUUAUCGGUGUGUCUUCCUUCUUAUUGGUAGCCAUGGUGAUUGCAGUGACUGUUGGAGUAAGUCUUAACAAUGGUGAAUCUUCAAGUCCAUCUAACGGUAGCAAAGACCAUAUUUCAUCCUCAAACAAAGCAAUCAAAGCCAUUUGUGCACCAACUGAUUACAAAGAAGAUUGUAUGAAGACAUUGGGUUCUGAGGCUGGAAACACAACCGAUCCAAAGAAACUCAUCCAAGCUGGUUUCAACGUCGCCAAGAAGUUUAUCAACGAGGCUGCAAAGAAAUCCGAUACAUUGAAAGAGCUAGAGAAAGACCCAAGAACUUCCAAAGCUCUAGGUCUUUGCAAGCAGCUCAUGGAUAACUCAAUGGACGAGCUUCACAAAUCGGUUGAAAAGAUCAGUGACUUUGACAUUACUAAAUUUGAUGAGAUGCUUAUGGACUUAAAGAUAUGGAUUAGUGCCACCGUUACGUACCAAGAGACUUGUUUGGAUAGUUUCGAGAAUACUACUGGAGAUGCUUCGGAGAAAAUGAAGAAGGCUUUGAAGACUUCAAUGCGUUUGAGUAGUAAUGCUCUUGCCAUGGUUUCUGAGAUCUCUUCGGUUUUCGCGGACUUGAACAUUAGCCGUAGGAGACUUCUUGAGUUUGAAAAUCCCAAUCACGAAGUUGAUCAGGGUUCUAGCCCCUGGAUUGCAACUGGAGUUCGGAGGCUUCUCGCUUUGGAUGCUAAGGAAAAUUUGAAGCCGGACGUGAUUGUGGCUAAAGAUGGGAGUGGUAAGUACAAAACCAUCAAUGAGGCACUCAAAGAUAUUCCAAAGAAGAGUAAUCAGACUUUUGUGAUUUAUAUUAAGGAGGGAGUUUAUGAGGAGUACGUCACCUUUCAGAAAAACAUGACCAAUGUCAUGGUUUAUGGUGAUGGAGCUAAUAAAACAAGGAUCACCGGUAGCAAGAAUUUCAUCGAUGGCUUUCCAACCAGUCUUACUGCCACUGUUGUUGUUCUUGGAGAUAACUUCCUGGCAAGAGACAUCGGUUUCGAGAACACUGCAGGAGCAAGCAAACACCAAGCUGUAGCACUCAGAGUGAACUCAGACGAGGCCAUUUUCUACCGAUGUGCCAUGGACGGAUUCCAAGACACACUCUACACUCACGCCAAGCGUCAGUUCUACCGUGAGUGUAACGUCUCCGGUACCAUAGACUUCGUCUUCGGUGACGCAGCCGUGGUCUUCCAAAACUGCAAAUUCAUAGUCAGAAAGCCAAACGACAAUCAACAGUGCAUAGUAACAGCACAAGGCCGUAAAGAAAGGAGGCAACCAACAGGCAUUGUCAUCCAAAACGGGACCUUUGUGGCCGAUCCUGAAUACGUGCCAGUAAUGAACCAGAGCAAAGCAUACUUGGGUAGGCCAUGGAAGGAGUUCUCCAGGACCAUCAUCAUGGAAUCUUUCAUUGAUGAGUUGAUUCAGCCUGUGGGAUGGUUGCCCUGGGCUGGAAAUUUUGCUCUCGACACUUGCUACUACAGUGAGUUCAACAACCGCGGCCCUGGGGCAGCAGAUCAGUCUCUUCGCGCCAAGUGGGUGGGAGUGAAGAAGAUCACAGCUGAGGAGGCCGCUACUUUCACUCCCGAACAGUUCUAUAUGGGAGACGCGUGGGUUAAGGACAGUGGUGUGGAUUACGUCCCUGGCAUGUUCUCCAUUGCUCCCAAGAAAUAAGUGCAAUUAAAUUGAUGAGAACUAUACCUACAUUUUUCUCAUAAUUUGUGUAUUUUUAUUUCUUUUUUGUAUUAUUGUAUUUUGUAUUUUUGGGUUUUGUUCUCUCAUAUCGUUGUUUCACCGGUAUAAUUAAUCAAUUAAUUUAUACCUACCAUUAACACAGUUGAGUACACAUUCUCAAUAAGAUUAAUUAUUAGCUAAAUAUUAUAUA